GCCCUCCGCCCCUGCGACCCGUGAUGUUUCGUCGAUACAUGCGAUGCGAUACGGUUGAUGCUCGAAUCCAACUCGAAUCCACGCGCGAACCGAGCCUUUCUUUUGACACCUUGAAUAAGCACAAGUUGUAACAGUCUAUUGCGAACGAUUCACUGCAGAGGCUCUUCAGAGCGCACGCGAUUUCAGUAUUUGUUCGGUAAAUCCGUAGCUCGGUUGCAGACUACUGCACUGAGAAGGAAGUGUCUGCUAGAGAAGUUAUGGCGUACAACACUACGGAACGGCCCGGCACACUGAAUCUUCGAGGAAGGGGAGAAUAUGUCAACACGAAAGUUCGCACCAGUGACCGGCAGAUCAGCGAGCAGGCCGAGCCUCGCGACUACGAUCCGCUGCGAUCGGACAUCUGGAACCUGCACAAAUCGUCCUACAACCGCAUCUCGGACCUGACCCACAACGAGUUUCACAGCACCACUCGGGACUCCCUGGACCGCACAGUUCAGGAGCGGGCCCGGCUGCCCCUGGACCGCUCCCACCCGCUGCACGUGGUGAGGAGUUUCGGAGUCACCGACACCGCUCUCAGCAGACAGCUACGGCAGCUGAACACGGGUGUAUUACCGUCCCACCCAACCAAUCACAACCAGCACACCAUGCAGUCCACAUACAGGGAGACGUACGGCAGGGACGGGCGCGCCGGGGUCGAGAGGGAGCCCCGCUGUCAGCCCACUCAGACAGCAGACAAGUGGAUGCAGUUCCGGAGGCGCAAGUCGUGGCUGUUUGACACCGAUAAAGCUCCGAGUCAGUUCACCGAUGACGCUCUGACGUGCCCGCCGAUACCUAAAGAGGUUCGAGCGUGCAUUGAAGCGGCUCAAGACGCGGGCGACACCUGUCGCAAGAUGGACCAACUAGAGAAGCAGGUGGCAGCACUGCAGCACAAGCUGAGCGAGGCCCACUACCCAGAGCCGGUCUCGGGUCCUCCCGUCCCGACUGAGCCUCACGAUCCAGCUGAUGAAUCUCCUAAUCUCCUCGAGCCUAGUGACCGUGCGGCCCCCGCGACAGCUACCGAACGCCAGGAGCCGCCCCGAGACGGCACCACGCCCGUCCCAGAGCUGGAGCAGACCCGACCGACGACACAGCACGCGUCAGGCGAGGCACAGAGGGACAGCAGUCCGGUACAGAAUACCGUGGAUCAGUCUGAGAGGCCGGAGGGACCUCAGCCAUGUUCAGCUGAUCGUGAGGAUCCUGUAGGUCCCAGCGUGGCUCCAGCGCACCCCCUGGACCCUGUGGACCCCACUCACCUGGCGGACCCGGAGUACCCCACAGCGCGGCGGCUGACGUCGCCGUGCGCUCCCCCGGAGAGGGACCUAUCGGAGGUGUUCCCGGAGGCGGACACCACCCACUGCCCGGGCCCUGCGGCUCCGGCUCCCCUGCCGCCCUGCCCGCGCGGCCCGGCGCCCUGCCCGGCUCUGCCGGCGGUACCCGGGUGCCGGCCGGUACCGCCGCCGCCCGGCCGGUACCUCUCCACGUACACGGCCGGGUACGGGGACCCGGAGGCGGGUCUGCGGGCCACUGCGGCGCCCCGCUCGGGCCGGGAGUUGUACCGCGGUCCGGCGCCACUGCCUGGCCUGGUGGCGGGCACAGCACGCUGCAGGGACCGGCUGAGCCGAGCAGUGGCCACCGACAGGGAGCCAGAGGUCGGCCCGACCACCGCCGCCGCCUGCGAGGAGAGCGUCUGACGUCAUUGGAGGACAGCAGGUGACGUCAUAGGAGGACGGUUCUUACGUCACCGGAGGAGAUCGGGCGACGUCAUCGGAGGGAAGAGGGUGACGUCAUCGGAGGACAGCCGGUGACAUCAUCGGAGGAAGGAUGUCUGGGAUCUAAAAUGGGUCGCUUUAUGCAGCGAAUGCUGAUGGUUUGGAGCGUGAGAGAAGACGGGGUGGGAUAGUGUGGUGAGUUCUUAGAAUAAAGGCCAGACUCCGUUGCGAAGAGAUCCACAACAGAUUUUCUUCUACUUGAUGAAAGAGAACUGAAUAUUAGAUUGUUGAUAAUUAAUUUGACGGAAAGAAAAUGUUAAAGCCCUGCCAGGAACCGCUCGAUACAAAUAAUGCGAUGCGAUGUGAUAAAUUUGUAUAUUAUGUGUGCUAGGUAUUGUUUUUAGAAGCCAACCAUCGAUUCUUGUUGAUUUCUUUUAGGCUUGAACAAGUAACAUAAAACUUGAUGCUAUUACGUUAUGUUCACGCAGGGACGUCGAUAAACAAUAUCUUCUG